AUGGCCAAAGACCAACUUUCUUGCACAAUGUGCUCUUCUUGUGACAACCCUUGUCAGCCAAUUUCAACCCCACCACCUCCUCCUCAACUUUAUCCACCACCCCCACCCUCUUCAUAUUAUGUGUCACCCCCGAACAAUAGCGGGGGCAACAGUGGUGGCGGGGGUGAUGGGAAUGGUGGUGGAAACUAUCCACCACCGACUAAUAACUACCCAACUCCACCACCCCCAAAUCCAAUUGUUUUGUACAAUGUGCAGAUAUCAAGAAAGAAAGGCAUAAGAGAUAGAGCAGAUGAACAAGUAGUAGUGGAGCAGUAA